GCGGGACGCGGGGACGGCGCGGCGCGGGCGGCUCUCAGAGGCUCGCGCCCGCGCUCCCAGCGAUCACACGCGCUCACACGCAGCCUAGCUGGCGGCCGCCGCUCCCGGGCCACCGCGGAUACCCGGUACCGAGGGGACUUCUUGCGAGUGCAACGCACCCUGCGCACCCCUCGCCUCCUUUGCGCUCGCCCUCGCCCUGCACCCCCGCGGGUCCUGCGGGAAGAUGGUCCACGAGCGGUGGAAGACCGUGGGCGGCGCGUCCCAACUUGAGGACCGACCGCGCGACAAACCGCAGCGAGCAAGCUGCAGUUACGUCCUGUGCACGGUGCUCCUGUCCCUUGCAGUGCUGCUGGCAGUGGCCGUCACUGGUGUGGUUCUCUUCCUGAACCAUGCCCACGCACCAGGCACGGCACCCCCACCCAUCGUCAGCACGGGGCCUGCCGGAGCCAACAGUGCCUUGGUCACUGUGGAGAGGGCUGACAGCUCCCACCUCAGCCUCCUCAUCGACCCCCGCUGCCCCGACCUCACUGACAGCUUCGCCCGCCUGGAGGGCAUCCAGGCCUCCAUCCUUCGGGCACUGAGUGAACAGCAGGCACAGCCUCGGCUGGAUGGUGCCCCCGAGCUGCUGGAUGCACUGGCUGACCAGCUGCCCCGGCUGCUGGCCCGGGCCUCUGAGCUACAGGCCGAAUGUUCUGGGCUGCGCAAGGGACACAGCCUGCUGGGCCAGGGCCUCAGCACCCUGCAGAGUGAACAGGGUCGCCUCAUCCAGCUUCUCUCCGAGAGUCAAGGUCACAUGGCUCACCUGGUGAACUCAGUCAGUGAUGUCCUGGAGGCUCUACAAAGGGAGCGGGUGCUAGGCCGACCCCGUGUCAAGGCUGACCUGCAGAGGGCGCCUUCCCGGGGAGCCCGGCCUCGAGGCUGUGCUAAUGGCUCUCGGCCACGGGACUGCCUGGAUGUUCUCCUGAGUGGACAGCAAGAUGAUGGUGUCUACUCGGUCUUCCCCACUCACUACCCAGCUGGCUUCCAGGUCUACUGUGACAUGCGCACUGAUGGCGGAGGCUGGACGGUGUUUCAGCGCCGGGAGGAUGGCUCUGUGAACUUUUUCCGAGGCUGGGAGGCUUACCGGGAGGGCUUCGGCAAGCUCACAGGAGAGCACUGGCUGGGGCUCAAGCGGAUCCACGCCCUGACCACACAAGCAGCAUAUGAGCUUCACGUGGACUUAGAGGAUUUUGACAACGGUACCGCCUAUGCCCACUACGGGAGCUUUGGUGUGGGCUUGUUCUCUGUGGAUCCUGAGGAGGAUGGGUAUCCACUCACAGUGGCUGACUACUCUGGCACUGCAGGUGACUCCCUCUUGAAGCACAGUGGCAUGAGAUUUACCACUAAGGACCGGGACAGCGACCACUCCGAGAACAACUGUGCCGCCUUCUACCGAGGAGCCUGGUGGUACCGUAACUGCCACACGUCCAACCUCAACGGCCAGUACCUGCGUGGCGCACAUGCCUCCUACGCGGACGGCGUCGAGUGGUCCUCCUGGACAGGAUGGCAGUAUUCACUCAAGUUCUCGGAGAUGAAGAUCCGGCCGGUCCGUGAGGACCGCUAGCCUGGCACGCCCGCCGCUCAGCGCCAGUGUCUUCCGGUUAUGUCUAGUCCCCACACAUCUCAUCCCAUGCCCACUGCCGCAAGAACUUGCUCUGCCCAUCUGUGCAUGGCUGGCCUGCUCUUUAGUAAGGAUGCCCAGGGCAGCCCUGAAACUCAGCUCCCUGAGCCAGUGACAUCCCUUCUCAACCAGGUCCCUGUUUAUCAGGUGACAUGAUCUUUUUGUUCCUAUAAGUGGAGCUGGCACCUGGCAACUCCAAAUUCCACCUGCCACGGCUUUGGUCCCCUUGCUUUGUCUGCUGCAUCCUGGUAGGGCAACAUCCCCCCACUUUUCCUGGCUUUGCAAAAACAUCCAGAGUAGGGGGCAGACAGCACUCCGGCCCCCUCUAGCAGAUCAAUGUGGAAGGUUCAGACCUUCUCGCAUCUGACACCUGCCUGCCCUAACCCCAGUCCCCCAGGGCCAGGAGACCCUACCUCUUAUUAGAGGACAGCGGCCACAGCUCGGCACUUGCGACCAACUGGGCUGGGACACAGCUGUCUACAAAGACCCAAGCCCAAGACCAAUCCCCUAGGCCACCCUUCCCUGGGUCUCCGCAGACCUGAGGGGUUUCUACUCUUCCAGGUUGCUUUCUAAGCUCAUCUUUCUCACUCAAACAAGGUCCAGAGCAACCACAGGUCCUGCCUCACGUCACCUGCCUGUGGGGCGAUGGCGGGACUGGCCUAAAUCAGUGAGAACCUCUUGGGGUGAGGCUGUGCCAGGCUUUUGUGUUCUGCCAACCUCCAUGGACUGACUCUAAGGAUCUUCUCAAAAGCCAGAGAGUUGAAGCCAGCCAACUCUGGGACUCAGCACGUCCUAAGACUACCAUCUCUGCAGAGAGCCUGCCCCCUGCUGGCUAUCAUGGACACUGCCAUCAGGGCCUAAGUGGAGGCAGGAGACAAAGCAUCAAGUAGGUGGGACAUCUGGACAUUUUCUUGUCCAGCCUUCUCAACACCCGCACCGGUGAUCCCCCAGGAAGUCAGGCUGCAGCCCCACCCUUGGCUUCCUGCUUGGCAGCUCUUACAGGAACCUGACAGGCUUUAAAGGACUGGAUGGUAAGAUGACAGUGGUGACCUCCUCUGUCAGGAGGCAGAGACCCAUGCCUCUGGCAGACCUGUACCAAAGCCUGGACCCCAAUGACGAACUGUGUGACCUGCUCAGUCCCUCACAUUGGGCCUUGGGUCUUCAGCAAGGUUCUGUAGCACAUCUGUGAGAGUCAAAGCUGUCUGAGGUGCUAGACAAGGCUGGUUAUUGCUUCUAUGGUCCCCAGCUGGUGACAAGAAACACGGGCAGAGUAGCCAAGGUUCUGAUGGGACAAUGGAUACACAGGGAAAUCCCCUCCCAUUCCCUCUCUGUCCUCGACACCUGGCACCUAGCUUCACUGCAGAGGUGGGUGGGAGCCUAAACACAUCCUGGCAGACAUCACCUGCCCCCAACGCUGGUGCUGAAGUGGCUUCUGUCGCCAGCUGCCACUGGAAGUGACGAGCGCUUUCUGAUGUGGUGUCAAACAAACCCCUUUGAGUGAAGCAACGGAUUCAGACAUCGAGUGUGGGACAGGAGGGCUGCGGGCCAGGGCUGGGCUGCAGGACGCAGGAGCUCAUCCCACCAGGGCAGCUGGUGGACAGGUGACGGGUGACAUGCACCCCUAUCUGGUCACAUUGAAAAUGACAGCCCUUCAGCCCAGCCACUGCCCCAGGGACACCAAGUCCUCUCCCAGGCCAGGCUCGUACUCUAGAGGGUGUGGUUUUACCAAACAUUGGCUGCGUGGGCACAAGGCAGGGACGGGUAGGGAGAGACCAGGUCAACAGUCCUUCACCUUCCUGGUGUGCACCCUCCAAGGGCAGGUGGGAGCACUGCCCCUGCACACUGGGCCACAGCCUCCAGCCCUGGCUUUCGUUCUGACGUCUGUGUAAAUGGCUGCCACCCAUGAUCAGAGUGACCACAGGAAGCAGGAAUGGAGAAGCUUUUAGGGGGGCAGGACAGGUCCGCUGAGGCUUGAUAAUAUCAGCAGCCUGUGGUCCCUGACCCUCCAGACCUGCUUUGGUUUGGCAAUGGAAUGACUAACUGGGAUGAGUCAAUGACGUCACCUGGAAGGGCCACAUGGCUUGCCUUCUUGGGCAGAGCCUCCACAGCCCACACUAGGGGCCUGGCACUAUGGCUGUCUCUACUGUGGAAAGCAUUGAAACCUUUUUCCAAGUCCAAGCUGACUGUGGAUUCCACCAAAGGCCUCACAGCUGGUUACACCUGGGUCGUGCAUGGCCACCAUGCAGCAACAGCGUGCAGGGAGCAGACAGUUCCUUCGGUCCCCUGCAAGCCUGGGCUGGUGAGUGACCAGUUAGAGCUGUGAGCCUCCCCUGUGGCAUUAGUGGCUCCUGAGAGUGGGACACUAGGUGGGAGUGGCAUCACCAGUUCCCGGCUCUUCCCUGCUCCCUCAUCCGUGUUACCCUAAGCCUCCAGGUGGAGAACGGACAUCUGUGGCCAUGGUCACUGCAGGUCUUGGCCCCCAACAGGCACUUCUGGGAGAGAGCAGGGCCUUGGAUAACCAGAAAGUCUAUGAGCAAGUGUGAGCUUCCAGCUUGCACUAAGAUGACUUGAUCCUGAGGUGGGAGAUGUGGACGAGCGAGGGGCGGCCCAUGGCUGCCCUGAACCCUGUGAUCUGAGAAGUGACAUUCCAGCGGAAGUCCCAUGAAACCCAGAAGUGAGAUGAAACCCAGACCCAAGCAUCCGGGGCCUCUCAGAGUCUCAGUUCCUUCGUCUGCUUUGGUGAACAUUGCCCGAGGUUCUGAUGGCCCCACAACUGCUGGGAUCCAUAAAUCCAGAGGCCUGGGGUCAGGCUGCUGUGGAAUUUGGGGUGGGGGAGGGGUCUGACCUGAGGCUGUGCUGAGCAGGGCCGGUGUGCAUGCUGGAGGAUAAGCUGGGGAGGAGCUCUGAGGGUCAGUGCAGCACCCCAGGGGCAAACAGUGUGGGGCAGUUGCCACUUGGGGCUACGUGCACUCAGUGUCUUGUAUAUCCCUGUCUUCAAUAAAGUCUUGUGGUGAGCCAGCGCCA